UGAGCAUGCGUCUCCACUCUUCCAACAUGGCGCCUAUUGGAGAGAAGUCUGCGAAGGCAUCGUCAGCGGAAAGGGAGAAUGACGAGGAUGAAUCUCAAAAUUUAUGGACAUCCAUAUUGAGCGAAGUUUCUUCCCACUCCAGCUCGAAGUUGCCGUCAUGCAAGUCCAUAUUGGUGUUGGGUGAAGAUGAGACGGGAAAAACAACCUUGUUAUCAAGAUUACAAGGAGUUGAGGACCCCAAGAAAGGCUAUGGGUUAGAAUAUCUUUAUCUUGAUGUCAGGGAUGAAGACAGAGAUGACACAACAAGAUGUGGUGUAUGGAUAUUAGCAGGAGAAAAUGAACAUGAAGACUUACUACGGUAUGCCCUAACUGCAGAGAACCUAGAGCAUACACUUGUUAUUAUUGCAGUAGACAUGAGUAGACCGUGGAAUAUCAUGGACUCACUUCAGAAGUGGACACAGGUUAUCAGAAGGCAUGUUGACUCACUCAGAAUCCCACCAGAAAAAUUAAGAGAACUUGAACAAAGAUUGGUACAACAAUUCCAAGCAUACACAGAGCCCGAGACGGGGAACGAUCCCUCCGUUUCGAGGAGAACGUCUGGCGUCACCAAACCCACGGGGACGGAGGACGAAGAGGUUGUCGUGCUUCCUCUAGGAGAAACCACACUCACACAUAAUUUAGGCGUUCCAAUUGUAGUCGUCGUGACCAAGUCUGACUACGUCAGCACAUUGGAGAAAGACCAAGACUACAGCGAUGAGCAUUUAGAUUUCUUACAACAGAAUGUCCGGAAAUUAUGUCUAAAUUAUGGUGCAGCUUUAUUUUAUGUAUCUGUGAAAGAGAACAAGAACUGUGAUCUGUUGAACAGAUAUCUUCUACAUAGGUUAUAUGACUUCCCAUUCAACUCGACGGCACUGGUAGUGGAAAAGGAUGCCCUGUUUGUGCCUUCAGGGUGGGAUAAUCUACAGAAAAUCAGUAUAUUAUACGAGAACAUGGCCAACAUAGAUCCAGAGAAGCAGUUUGAUGAAGUCAUCAUCAAGCCAGUUGUCCGGAGGUUGUUACAAGAUAACAAAGAGGUUGUCGCAGAGGAUGAGCAGGUGUUCUUAAUGAAGCAACAAGCGACCAUUAGGAAUGCAGCACAAGGCAAACCAGGGCAGGAAGCUUCCCCAAGGGCGCAAGACACAAGACCAAUGAGAACACCAGAAAAGAGAAAUCCAUCAAACGUCCCUGCUGCAUCGCCAAUCACAGCACAAGGAAAACCAAAAAUCGAUCCUGGCAAACCAGGUUCUGCCAAUGAAGGUGUGCUAGCAAACUUCUUCAACAGUCUACUUAGCAAGAAGAGCGUCAACUCCCCAUCGCCCGGUGGCCCAAGAACAGGUGGUGAGAAGGCAGUCCGGAAUGAUGCAGCUGCAGAGCUUCACCGAAUGACAAAAGGUAACAAGCCAGUAGCAGGGACAGCACCAAGCUCAGAUGUUUCAUAAGGCUUAAAAAAAGUAUCAUAUUACCGUCAACUCGUCUAUGAAAAAAAAGACAUUAUAUCUUCUCUCAUGCGUCCAUUGAGGGCUAUUCUUAUCAUAGUAAAUAUAUUAUGAAGUCUACACUUGGCACAGAAGGUGAUGUUCUUCGCAGCAAUGGCUCGAUUCUGUCCUUUAGCGAAUGACAAGGAUUUGCAAAGCAGCUCGACGGCGUGUAGACUUUGCUUCAUAUUGGGUGUGUCUUCGGUAAAGAGGUAGCAAGCUCUGCUAAGAAU